AAAAGCCUUACCUUCGUGGGCUCUGCGGCGCUCGACGCUUCGCCUUUCGUGCCCUCUCUCUCUCUCGCUAGAUUCUUAGGGCUCCGAUCGAAGCGGAGCUCUCCCCUCGCCGCUUCCUCCUCCUCUUCUCCCGAUCCUCAAGAAAGCAUGGCAUUGCCAACUGCAUCUCCUGUUUCUCCUCUGAGUCCACAAGUGGUAUGAGUUGGUCCUGUAUUGGUAAUGCAUUUGUUCAACAGUAUUACCAAAUUCUGCACCAAUCACCAGAAAUGGUUCACAAAUUCUAUCAGGAUUCAAGCAUUGUAAACCGCCCAAAUUCUGAUGGAGAGAUGACUUCAGUGACAACAAUGCAAGCGAUCAAUGAGAAGAUAAUGUCGUUGGAUUUCAGAAACUGUUUCACUGAGAUAAAGACUAUAGACUCACAACUGUCUUACCAGAACGGGGUGCUUAUUGUAGUGACUGGGUCGUUUAUUGGACAAGAAAAUGUCAAGAGUAAAUUUGCACAGUCAUUCUUCCUUGCACCUCAAGAAAAUGGAGGUUACUUUGUCCUGAAUGAUGUGUUCAGGUUUUUGAGUGAAACACAGCCAAGGGAAAUGAACCAUUUUUUGAGUGAUGGCAUAAAUGAUGAUGCCCUCAAGGCUCCUCUAACUUCUGAUACAGAACAAAAUUUGCAGGAGUAUCAUGAUGUGGAAACUCUACAAACAGAGGAGGAUGGUGACAAUAUGGAAGAUGUACUCAACCAAUCAGAGGAUGGUGGUUCAGGUGUUGAAGAUGAGGUUGUUGUGGAUCUUCCAGCCAAUGCAAGUGAAAUUGAUUCACAGACAACUCACGAAGUGAUUGCUUCUGGGGCUCAAGAUGAUGUGCCUAAGAAGUCUUAUGCAUCAAUUGUUAAAGUGAUGAAAGGAAGCCCAUCACCGGCACUGGUUCAUGUGACUCCUAAGGCAAAGGUGGCUGCAGAGAAACCAGUGGUUGUUUCUCCAACACCAGCUACUGUCCCUGAAACAUCUGUUCCUGCUAUCAAUGAUGUCCCUGAGAUCAAAAACAAUGUUGAAGAGGAGGGUCAUUCAAUCUAUAUCAGGAAUUUAUCUCCGAAUGCAACAGCCGAGAAGGUUGAGGAGGAAUUUAAGAAAUUUGGGCCUAUUAAGCCCGGUGGCGUGCAAGUCAGGAGCCACAAGGUUGAGCGGUACUGUUUUGGUUUUGUUGAGUUUGAGUCGCUGAAAUCCAUGCAAGCAGCAAUUGAGGCAUCACCGAUCACGAUUGGAGGUCGUCAAGCUAUUGUUCAGGAGAAGAGAACAACAACACGAGCAGUUGUGAAUGGUGUGGUCACCAAUAGCAACAGCAGCAGCGGUGGGCGAGGGCGCUUCCAGUUGGGAAGAGGUGCUUUCAGAAACGAUAACUUCCGGGGACGUGGAAACUUUGUCUCCAAUAUGGGCUUUAGGAGGAAUGAGUUCAGGAACCGGGCUGAGUACUCUGGACGUGGUUGGGACCCGACUUCCGGUGGGAGUAAUGGUUAUCAGCCGCGAGCCUUUCAGAAUGGGAAUGGCAUGGUCGGCCGCCCUAGAGGACCCAAGCCAGGUGUUGUUUCAGCUUAGAGCAUUUGAUGAUUCUGCCUCUUUACAGUAAUGGCAAAACAAUCUAUUUCUUGAUUAGGUAUUUGAUCUUUAAUUGGAAACCUUAUUGGAAAUCAAUUUUUGUCUGGGUUUUUAACUGUCGGCAAUAGUUCUGUUUUCUCUUUAUCUUGGUGCAUCUUGUACUAUUUUUUAAAUCAAAAUCUAGGUAGCCCGUUUCAUA